AUGAUUGGAUGGUAUGUAUUAAGCGUAGUUGCAAUUAUUCAAUUGCAUCGUAGUUCUAUUGCUGUGAACGCAAUUCCGAUUGCCUCUCAAGUUCGUGGAUCUAACGAAGUAGCCGUUUUUGGGCAUUUGAACCCGGACACAGACUCCAUUGCUACAGCGAUUGGAUAUGCAGCUUUGCUGCGAUCUAUGGGUAUCAAUGCGAAAGCCUAUCGUCUUGGAGAUCUCAAUAAAGAAACUGAAUUUGUACUGAAUACGGCUCAAGUACAAAGCCCCGAUGUUUUAUCCGAAGAUAUUCCUGACGGUUCUGAGGUUGUCCUGGUUGAUCAUAAUGAGCGCCCACUUCUCUUAUAUUCUAGAUCGGUUACAACAACGAACGACGAUCGAAACAUUGUAACUUAUCUUCAGCCGAUUUCUGGGAUUACUGACCUGCAAUCAUACGUCGAUAACCUAUUUGAAGCCAAAAGUGAUUUAGCAGGAUUGACGACGGAAGAAAUUGUUCUUCGGGAUUAUAAAAUCUUUGUUUUUCAAAAUCAGAAAUGGGGUAUCGGUGUAGCUGAAACGUGGUAUCCGGAUUAUUUGCUCAACCAAAAAGACGAACUGCUCCUAGAAAUGGUCAAAGAAAAAGGCAGGAGCAAUUUAACUGGUAUAUUAUUCUCAAUUAUUGAUAUACUCAAUGAGAAAAAUCUAAUGUUAAUACCUGGAGAACCGGAAAAUACUGUGGUACGAGCAGCGUUCAACGUAGACGUUACAGAUCAAAUGGCUGACUUAGGCGCAAGACUCAGUCGCAAACUACAAAUUAUUCCACCACUCGAAGUAUACUUCAAUAAAAGAGCCUAG